CGUUUGCAUAUCACUUUAUAUCUAGAAUCAAUUCGUCGUCAUAAAGUAUAUAUAUAUAUAUACUUUGGGAAGAAGUAAGAAAAAGAAAAAAAUAAUAAAGAGGAGUAGGAGAAACGUUGUUUAAAAGUUACCGACUCGUACUGUAUAAAACGUUCGUGCGUAGAAUCGAGAAUUGACUAAAUCAUCUUUCACGACGUUAGAUAACAACAACCAACAAUGAUCGGUUGGAUAUUCGGUCUUAUCGCAGUUCUCAGUUAUUCAGCGAUAUGUAACUGCGAGUAUAACAAUAAAUUGAAAAUCAUUUAUUCGUGGAAAGCAUUGGAGUUUGCAUUUCCGAAUCAACGUGCAAGAGAGAUAGCAAUAAAACAAGGCACUUUCAUACCAGGUGCACCAGUACCUAUUGAUGUGGACAUUUAUUACGGAGAGAAACAUACAUCGAUCGUUUUUGUGACGAUACCAAGAUUUAUAAAAGGAGUACCAGUAACCUUUGGAUAUGUUACUGAUGACGUCACUCCAGAGGGAAAUCCAAUAAUUGCACCAUAUCCUAACUGGGAAUCGAAUAAAGAAGGCGAUUGCAAUGCUAUCACUAGCGUUUUCAGAGUGGCGAUUGAUAAAUGUCACAGAUUAUGGAUACUCGACACAGGCAAAGUUGGUGACAGACAAAUUUGUCGGCCUCAAUUGCACGUAUAUUCCUUGAUAAAUAACAGACUAAUUCAUCAAUAUAAAUUUCCACGUGAUCAGUUUAAAGAUACUUCCCUUUUCAUCACACCAAUCGUGGACAUUCGUAAUACCGAUGAUAAAUGUCAUGAUACUUUUGUUUAUAUCGCUGAUGUGAGUAGCUUUGGCUUAUUAGUUUACGAUCAUCGUCAUGAUAGAUCAUGGAGAAUAGAAAAUAAACUUUUCUAUCCUUAUCCGCAAUAUGGGACUUUUAAUAUUAAUGGUGAUACCUUCGAUCUUAUGGAUGGCAUAUUUGGUUUAGCUUUGAGUCCCAUUAAACCAAAUGGUGAUAAAAUACUUUAUUUCCAUUCUUUAGCCAGCAGAGUUGAAGCUUCGGUAUCGACAUCAAUUAUCAGAAAUUAUUCUAUUUUUGCUCACAAUUCUGAGGCAACACCGAGAUCAUUCGUACCAUUUGAAAUGGAAAGAUCAUCGCAAUCUGCAGCCGAAGCAAUGAACGAUGAUGGCGUUCUUUUCUUUGGUCUUUUGUCAGAAUUGUCACUUGCUUGUUGGAAUAGUAAUAUUUAUCCUGAAUAUGGUGGAAAGAAUAUCGAAAAGCUUCUAGUCGAUCGAACAAACCUACAAUUUCCUUCCGGUUUGAAGUUGAAAUAUUCUAACAAAAAUCGAGAAGAAAUCUGGAUGUUGACGUCAUCAUUUCAAAGAUUCAUGACAGGAACAUUAAAUUCAAACGAGACUAAUUUUCGUAUAGUAGCUGGUUUCGUUGAUGAAAUAGUUCGUGGUACUAAAUGUCAUUCGACUAAAUACGAAAAUGGGCCAAUAACAUUUCCAAAAUGAAAAUUAUGGCACCGCGAGAAUCAUAGACUAUAUCAUCGUCAAUGGUCGUCCCAUUUUAUAUGGUCAACUCGUACAACAUUACCGAUUACAUCAGAAGUCAUUUUGA